ACCACCAUUCUCAAAGACAGAGAAAGCCCAUUCUGGUCAUAUCCAUAUUCACACAGACAAAAAUAAAACUAGCCGUUCACAAUCAUCAUCACACACCGUUCAUCUUUCUGCCUAUAAAUAAUCUCUCACCAACACAUUCACCUCUCACACUCAACCCAAAAAAAUCUUACUCCAAUGGCUUCUUCUUCCUCUUCCCUUAUCCUCAUUUCCUCUUUCAUCUUCCUCACCAUUUUCUCACCCUCACAAGCUCUCGUCUUCACCUUCGUCAACAACUGCCCAUACACCGUCUGGCCAGCCAUACUCCCCAACGAAGGCUUCCCCGUCCUCAAUACCAGCGGCUUCGAACUCCGCCACUUCACCCACCUCUCCAUCCCCGUCCCAGACACCCACUGGGCCGGCCGUGCUUGGGCAAGAACCGGCUGCACAACCACCAACAACCAAUUCACCUGCCUCACCGGCGACUGCGGCAACCGUCUUCAAUGCAACCGUCAAGGCGGUUUAGCUCCAGCAACACUAGUCCAAUUCGACGUACACCACGGUAACAGCGAUUUCUCAUCUUACAGCGUCAGUCUCGUCGACGGUUUCAACGCUCCGAUGACGGUUACUCCUCAUGAAGGUAAAGGCGAAUGUCCGGUAGUUGGUUGCCGUGCUGAUCUUGUUGCCACGUGUCCUCCUGUUUUACAGCACCGUGUUCCGGCGGUUCAUGGUCCUGUUGUGGCUUGUAAGAGUGGUUGCGAAGCUUUUCAUAGUGAUGAGUUGUGUUGUAGGAAUCAUUUUAAUAAUCCUCAAACGUGUAAACCUUCGGUGUAUUCCACGCACUUUAAACACGCGUGUCCUGCUACUUUUACUUAUGCGCAUGAUUCUCCUUCUUUGACUCAUCAGUGUUCUUCACCUCGUGAGCUUAAGGUUAUCUUUUGCCAUUGAAAGUUAGUAUGAAAAUAAAACAUGUUAGGGUCAUUGUUUAGUGACUCUGUUCAUGUUACUAGUGUAGUACUUGUUGAAAUAAGAAUGUUUGAUUGAGGGUAGAAUGGUAAUUAGCAUAAGGAAAUCUUUGUGUUGGUGUUUGUCUUUGUAUUGUGUAAUCUUAGUAGUUAAACAUUAAUGAAAAAGAAUUAUCAUUUUAAUUUGUUGUUUGUUGAAGGCUUGCUUGUUCAAUA